AGGUUUUAGACUUCUUCGCAGCUGAGGAAUUCAAAGAUCAUUGUAUUGACUCCUGCAAGGGGAAAGUUUAUCAGGUUUCAUCAUCUCACCUUCUGGGUCGGCAAUGCCAAACAGGCAGCCUCUUACUACUGUGAUAAGAUGGGCUUCGAGCAUUUGGCCUAUAAGGGUUUGGAGACAGGCAGCCGAGAGGUGGUGUCCCAUGCAAUCAGACAGGAUAAGAUAAUGUUUGUGUUUGAAUCUCCGUUAAAUCCUGGAAAUGAAGAAAUGGGAGAACACUUGAUGAAGCAUGGAGACGGAGUCAAAGACAUCGCUUUCCAAGUGGAGGACUGUGACUUCUUAAUCAAGACAGCCAAAGAGCGAGGAGCUAGAAUCGUGAAGGAACCCUGGGUGGAGCAGGACAGCCACGGGAGAGUCAAGUAUGCUGUGGUCCAAACAUAUGGAGAUACGACACACACACUCAUUGAGUACCUCAGCCCCUACAAAGGCCUUUUCCUUCCAGGCUACAAAGAGCCUCUCUUUAGGGAUCCUCUGUUAGCCAAACUUCCACCAGGCGGUUUGAGCUUCAUUGAUCACGUUGUGGGAAACCAGCCUGAUGAUGAAAUGGUGCCAGUGUCAGACUGGUAUCAGAAGUGUUUGAUGUUCCAUCGGUUCUGGUCAAUAGACGACAAGCAGAUCCACACACAGUACAGUGCGCUGAGGUCCAUAGUGGUGACGAACUAUGAAGAGACCAUCAAGAUGCCUAUCAAUGAACCUGCAAUGGGGAAAAAGAAGUCACAAAUCCAGGAAUAUGUGGACUAUAACGGGGGACCAGGUGUUCAGCAUAUUGCCCUCAACACGUCUAACAUUAUUCAAGCCAUAGUGAACCUGCGUGCCCGAGGAAUGGAGUUCCUCUCAGCACCUGACACCUACUACGACUCCCUGCGGGAGAAACUCAAAACCGCUAAGAUCAAGGUGAAGGAGGACCUCAACCGUUUACAGGAACUGAAAAUCUUAGUUGAUUUUGAUGACAAGGGCUACCUCCUUCAAAUCUUCACCAAACCUGUGCAGGACAGACCAACCCUUUUCUUGGAGGUCAUUCAGCGGAACAACCACUAUGGCUUUGGGGCAGGAAACUUCAAGUCUCUCUUUGAGGCCAUUGAGAAGGACCAAGACGCCAGGGGCAACCUCACUGUGCUGACACCCGAAGGGCAGGCCAAAGCCUUCUACUGAUCACCUGACUGCUGCUGCAAAACCACACUUGGCGAUACAUUUCAGAGGCAAUCAACAACACGCACCACAACUACAGUAUAUCAAACAUAUAUACAGUGUGUUGAAUAUCUUUAUGUGACAAGCUUCAAGUGCUAUCAGAUAUGCUUUAAGUUGUCUGUAGAUUGCAUGAUGUAUGUCUAAAUAAAAAAAACUCAUGUUCA